GUCGGAGAUUCAAUGACGACUAUUUACCCCACUCCAAAAAGAAGCCUCGUUGUCAAUCUUCGUCUCUUCUUCCCUGCACUCACCUUGUAUCUUUGUGUUGUAGCGUCCUGGUGUUAUUUUUUGUCGAACUCUGGCAAGACGAUUUGACAAACUCUAACAUGGCGCGCGUAUUCCACAUCCCCGGUGUCAUAUUCCUGUUUUGUGCAUUUGUCCUGCUCUUUCUGGUCUCCAUUUCACUGCCAUACUUGACCGCGCUCGACUUUGCCCGUGUUCACUAUAAAUCUGGAGCUCCUUCAACUGGAAACACUGGAGGAACAGUGACGGAGUUACGCUAUGGGAUCUGGUCAUAUUGUUGGUACAACGAUUCUGGUGACCGUGUCUGCAGUCCCGCUGGUCAUGGAUAUCAAACCACGGUCUAUGCCGACCAAGCUCGCGACAGCUGGGUUACUGUUGGACCAUCGUGGACUCGUGGACUUGCCGUUCAUCCCGUUGCUACCGGAGUGACAUUCAUAGCGCUUAUCCUAUCCUUCUCCACCCAUGUAACGAUGACGCUGCUUUCCUCGCUUACCGCUUUCCUGGCCGCCUUGCUUACGUUGAUUGCCUUCGCGAUUGAUAUUGCGCUGUUCGCAUUCGUGAAGCAUCAAAUGCAUAAGCUAGACGGUGUGGAUACUAAUACGGAUACCGCUCCCGCUUUCUGGAUGACUUUCGUGUCUUUCAUCCUUCUUUGCCUCGCAGGGUGCACUGUCUGCUUUGGUCGCCGUCGUGAUCGCAUGGCUGGCGCAACCACUUAUCCUGCUUCUUCCAAGUUAUCUUGGAGGGAUCGUUUCCGAAGAAAAUCGUAGUGUGACUUCGAUAUGUCCGCAAGGACACGAUAAUACCUGAUAAUACCCAGGAUACCCAUUACUUACCAUCACUGCUUAUUCGAGUAUCUGUAUUCCCUGGUGUAGUUAGUGCACCUUUUCAUUCGCCCUUCCGUACCUUAGAAUCUAGCUACCCUAUACAUUUAUACCUAUGCGUU